AUGCCUUCUCUGCAGUCCCAACUCAUGGAGGAUACUUACGUCAGGUUGAACAAGCAUCUCCGCGGCGAGAACUUGACCACCGACCUCUACCGGAUAGUAAUGGAAGAAAUGGCAACCGUGGCUGCCGAGCCAACAAAUGUCACAUACGAAGAGGUUCACUGUCCUGGCACCGUUCGACCAGCAAUCUGGUGCUUGCCACAGUUGGCGUCAGCCGCACAUGUCAUAUUAUACAUCCACGGUGGAGGCUUCAUCUCUGGUUCACCUUCGAGUCACCGGAAAGUGGCAGCUCAUCUCGCCAAAAUAGCCCGAUGUCGCGCUCUUGUCAUUGACUAUCGACGGGCACCAGAGCAUCAAUUCCCCAAGCAGAUAGAGGAUGUGGUUGCUGCAUACACGUGGCUAAUCAACGAUUUGGGCUUCUCGAGCAAGAAUAUUGCCUUCGCAGGGGACUCUGCUGGAGGUAAUUUGACGGUCUCAGCAGCACUGACAAUUAAAACCAUGGGCUUGAAUAUCCCGGCCGCCAUUGUUGCGUUCUCUCCCUGGUUCGACAUGAAGUUGACUGGACAGAGCUGGCAGCGGAAUGCUAAAACCGAUUCCCUUGUGCAAUUAGAGGCUAUGCAAGGUGUGAUCGACGCUUAUGUGGGUGAAAGCUCACUUGAUAAUCCGUGCUUAGAUUUGCUACGUACGGACCUCAACGGGCUUCCGCCCAUGUACUUGACGUCUGGAACGGCGGAAGUCCUAGAGGACGACGCAGCUCUUUUAGCAGAGACUGCUAAGUCAGCUGGAAAUGAAGUGCAUUUAGUUCGCGUGGAUGGCAUGCAGCAUAUAUGGGUUUUGAUGGCCGGACAUGCGCCCGAGGCUGAUGAUAGUCUUUCACAGGCUGCAAACUUCAUUUGCAGGAAGAUGGAACGCUACUUUGACGUCUGA